GAGGCGACAGGCGAACGGCGGCAAAGCUUGACAAGCGCGAGACAAAUUUGUGCUGUGCCGCUACACGUGGGCUGCGCCUGAAUUUCAACUACUACUGUAAGUAAAUUUUAUGCAGAAAGGAUUACGUGGACAGACGCACACUGAAAACCAUGGACUAUCUUACUACGUCCUCUGACUAUGACUACAGUGCAACUUCUACCACUGAUGAAAACACCUAUUGUGACAAGACAUCUGUGAGAGAUUUUCAAGCAAUGUACGCUCCAAUUUUGUACUGGAUCGUCUGUUUGUUGGGUGCCCUAGGCAACUUAUUAGUUGUCGGUAUCUAUGCCCAUUUCAAAAACCGCCUGAAGACAAUGACAGAUGUGUAUUUGCUGAACCUUGCCAUAGCAGAUCUCCUCUUCCUCUUCACCCUACCUUUCUGGGCAGUGAGUGCUAACAGACACUGGCUUUUUGGGAUUGGCAUGUGCAAACUCGUACAUUUUAUCUACAGGAUCAACUUUUUUAGCUGCAUGCUGCUUCUCACGUGCAUAAGUGUUGACCGGUAUUUUGCCAUUGUCCAAGCUGCAAAGGCCCAGAAGUCUAAAGUUAAGCGGCUUCUCUACAGCAAGCUGGUUUGUAUAGGUGUUUGGUUGCUAGCUGGAUUGUUAUCUGUUCCAGAGGUCAUUUUUGCUAAAACCAGAGGGGACUCUGAAGAAAGUUCAUGUGAAUUGGUCUACCCAGCAGCUCUAAGUAAAAGUCUGAAAAUUUUUGUUUCUGCCAUACAAGUUUGUGUUGGCUUCUUCAUUCCCUUCAUUGUGAUGGCAUUUUGUUACUCUGUGAUUGUCAAGACCCUAUUGCAAGCAAAAAACUUUGAAAAACAUAAGGCACUGAAGGUUAUAAUUGCUGUGGUGGCUGUUUUUGUUGUUUCACAACUGCCUUACAAUAGCUUAUUGAUUGUAAAAGCCAUAGAUGUUGCCAAUGCCACUAUCACCGACUGUGAAAUCGUGAAGAAGAUCGACAUUGCACACCAGGUGACACAGAGUAUAGCAUAUAUGCACUGUUGUCUCAAUCCUAUUUUGUACGCCUUCAUCGGUGUACGCUUUAGAAAUGACCUGAUCAAAAUCCUUAGGUCAGUGCACUGCAUAAGUCAAAAGAAGAUGAACAACUUUUUCUCUGGUCCUAAGAGAUCCUCAAUGUUGUCAGAAACAGAAGUCACGGGAGCCUUAUCUCUAUAGGACAUUGCAAUGUGCUAUGGAAUGGAAGCUUCAGUCAAUGGCCAUAGACUUGGAGGAUGGCCCAAGAUGUGGCAACGAGGAAGGAAAUGUUCUAUUACUUGGUCUUGUGCCAUCCUUGACUAGCCUACUGUACACUUGGCAGGUACAUAAUGUGAUGGCAUCGUAUUUUCACUGCUCUGUGUGUCCUUCUAAAGCACAGCUGUCAAUGUGGAAGAUGGAAUAAAAUUUCAGACAAACAGAGAUGACCUGGGAAAUGUUUGGCUAUUGAAAUAGACAUUUUGGUUACUGCCCCUGGUCUUCACCAGCAAUUUCUCGUAUAUGGAAGCAUUAAGGAAGCUUUUCAGCUGAGCAGGCAGGUGUCCUUCAAGUUAACGUCAUCAUCACAUACAUCUCUUUAUAGACUGGGCAUGGACUUGUACAUGUUUGUAAAUACAUUUCAGUCAAUGUUCUGUAUAUUUGUGGUAAUAUAUUUGAAUUGUUAAUUUGUGAAUUUGUCUGUGUGUGUAUGUGUGCCAUGAAAUAAGACAAAAUUUUAUUCUUUUAGACAUUUUUUAUGUAUUUUAUCUGUAUUUCUUUUCAUGUUCUAUGGGCAUCUAAUAAACUUAUUUACAAUUUCAA